AUGGCUUUCCAACAAUCCGCUGCUCCUCGUCACAUCGUCAUCAAUACAAAUCAUUCUCAAGAAUCGGCAUCUCAGGCACAAUUCCGACCGGCAGUCGAAGAUUCGCAGGAAUGGGUCCUCUUCUCUCCGUCCCAUGCGGAGUCUACCAUAACUCGAACGCAAACUAGUCAGACCGUUGGAGCAUCAAGAGCAAGCGACGUAUCACUAAAUACUGCUGGAAGAUCUGGAAGACUUGAAUCAUCUGCUUUAGAUGAAGAGGUUACCGAGGAUGGUGACCUCGAUAGCCUUGACGACGGAUUGCAUGCUUUCAGAGAACCUCCCUUAUAUCCCACUGUCUCCAAUCAGACCCAAGGAGCCGUCUUACCAACUCAUGAUGGUUUAGGAACCUUCCCUGCAUCAAGCCCACCCGUUUUGGAACAACUAUGGCAACACGAGGCGUACAAUCCCAAGAGAAAGUACAGUGGACAUCACCGCCGCCCUUCGAGCGUCCAAAGAAGGCUUGACACAAUUGAUGAGAUUGAAGCUCAAGCUAGCGACGAGAAGAGAAUGAGAAUAGAAAAAUGGCGCAUGGAACAGAGUCAAGCGUUGAUGGAAGAGGUGGAACGAGAGACCCGCAGACGUCUCCGACAAGGCUCUCGCCAGUCCACUUAUUCAGAGACUUUGGCUUCUAUCAACGAGGAUGUUCUUGGGUCAACGCCUAAACAGAGCGACUAUCUCUCAAAGUCCGACGAGGAUACCGAAGACUCGGAGCCGUUUUGGCGACGGAUAACCAGAAAAUUCAUCCGUGAUGUCAUUGGCAUCGAUGAACCACUUUUGUCCGUCAUAUUUGGAGAGAGUUUGCCGGAAGAGGUUGAGAAUAGACCUUCAUCCAGCAACAUUCUGCCAACCAUUCCAGAGCUGACAUCAGAUGUUCGCACCUAUGAGGAUGACACCUGGAGGGAUAAGCUUCUUCAACGCAUCGCACGAGAGCUGGGAGUUUUCGUCCAUCAAUUGUCCCCAUAUCCGGGGGCCUUUACUACUUACUCUCGCAGUCCCGAUUAUGCAGGAAUGCCCGUAUCCAUGCCGCAGCAGAAACCCCAAACAUCCAUUGCGACAUCAACAGGUGAGCGUCAGGUCAAUGAACCCUUCCCGUCAGCGAUGACUCCCAACUUCCCGCCUACAGUGCAGGAUGUUGCUCAUGCGGAAAGCUGGGGUUUUGAAGAAGAUCCGAUGCCCUCAUCCUCACCACUAGAUUCCUCCAUGAGCCUUCAACGAGAGCGAGAAUAUUGGGAAAGGGAACUUGAUCUGAAGAUGGUAUUCAGAUACUUAAGAGAUAAAUUUGUAACCUGGACAUCGACGCAAUCGGCGCAAGCUCCAAGACCAAUCGAAGAUGCAGCUACACGGACUGCUAUAAUACGUCAACAUCACCCUCUCGUCGCUCGAGCUCAACGGUCUCCUGUUAGAAUAAGAAGGGAAUCAAGGACGAUUGCAAGAAGACCAGCAAGCAGUUGUGCUAGCGAGAGUGUUCGAAGCAGCAGAAAAGCUUCUUUGGUGAGGAGUGGCUCAAGUCGAAACUACUGGGAUAUCGGUGGUAGUGUUGGAAGUGCAAGUAUCAUUGCCAGUGGUGGUGCAUGGGGCGAGGCAUAA